UUUUUGAGGGUUGUGCGGUAUAUUUGAUCGAUAAUCACGUUCACGGCAGAUGUUGAGUUUUUAAGCAAAUUUAUAGUGAAAACAUUCAAUUAAACUAAAAAAAACAUUAAGAGAGCAUUUAGCAAACAAUAUGGCACAAAUGGACAUUGAAUUGAAGAAGGCCUUCACCGAGAUGCAGAUCAACAAAUUGGAAACAACCAAGAAGAUCAAUAUGAUUGACAUGAAAUGCGACAUGGUCAAGACGGGAAAACACAAGUAUCUGUUGACAGAAAAGGGCACAAGCAAUCUAGACAAUGAUACGAGAGUAUACCAAUCAGUUGGUCGCAUGUUCCUGCUCACGGAUGUGCAAAAUAUGCGAGAGGACUUAAAGAGCAAGCAGGAUAAAUGUGAAAAGGCCCUCGAACUUCUCGAAAAGAAGAAGGAAUUCUUGCAGAAAUCAUUGAAGGAUCAGGAGGAUGGCCUACGCGAGCUGGUCCAACAACGCAGGGAGGCUGAUGUUGCCGCGAAGUAGACACCACACUCUCUCACACAUGAAAACACACCUUUUGUUUCGGUUCAUCUUUAAAUAUAAUUGUCCAAAUUGAAGUUGGCAUAACUAACAAA